AUGUGUUCACGUCGAUACACUUGUUCCAUUUGUAAUAGUCCUCCAUGUGCUCACGGAAACUACUCCCUCUGUUUAAUUCAUUGUUGGCCACAAUUGAAAUGUGUUCGGUGUCAUCGUUUAGUGAGCGAGUUGAUUCAUAAAUUGAUUUUCUAUUAUUUUCAUAGUAGGAGAAGAAGAAGGAAUCGAAUGGGAAAUGCAGAAGAAGUGGUUGAUGAUCAUGAUCAAGAAUUAUUGAAAAUAAUUGAUGAUGAAUUGGCACAAAUCAAUCAGCAAUCUAACAUGUAUGAUAUUGUGAGUGAAAAUUGGUUGUCAAUGGAGAAGGUUUUUCUAGAAACUGCAUUUCUAAAUAGAUAUACAAAUGCAGAGGAAUGGAGAAUGGCAUUAAACGUGCUGCAUAAUUAUUUCAAUUUAAAUGAAAACAGUUUGAAAUUGCUAACCUUGGAAAAGUUUAAAAAGGAAACCAAUGAAUUAUUGGUCGAUUUUCUGAAAGAGAAACUUGACGAGCUCAUGUAUUUGUUUGCACCCGACGAAAAGAUUGUUAUUUGUAUUGAGUGUGUGGAAGAGGAAAUUUCCAAUAGAAUUACCGAAAUGAGUGAAAAGAAACCAGAGAAUCAUGCAGUGAGAUUAGUGAAAGAGUAUUCAGUUGGGCCAGAGUGGCUAAUUGAUGAUUUAAUGGGACAUGUCCUUUCCUUUCUAGUGUUUCCAAGAGAUUUUCCCUCAAUUUCUUUGACUUGUAAGAGAUUCUACUAUUUUCUUCAUUAUUCUACGAAUUUCUCAUGGCUUAGCAACUUGACAAUGCCAAAUAGAGGCGAGAUUGCAAUUCUUAGAUUGGCUCCAUAUGAUAAGAUGCACACUUUUAUGGAGAAAAUAUUCAAGACAUAUCAUGGAUUUAGAAGCCUUUCGUCCAUUUCUAAAAUUUACAAUCUAUUCCACGAAUGUUCUGAUAGAGUUACCAAUACCAUGUUCAUUCAUCAUUUGAUGAAGUCGGAAAACAAAUUCAAAUGUAAUCUUGACACUAUUUCAAUUAAUACCUUUGGCUUUUUUGGAUUGGGAUUCGUUUCUUAUUACUGGCUACUGAAGAGAACUAAAGAAAUUCCUCUCAAAUAUUUAACAAUUGAAAGUGAUGCCUAUACCAAAUCAUUUGGAAUGUUAAUGAUUUUAAAGAAUGCUCACCUAAUAUUCGAUCCUUCCAAUAGUGAAGUUAAUGUGAGAGCCUAUUCUAGCUCCAAUUUUAUCGAGUUGAAAUCUCUCGAUUUUUUGAAUAAUUCACUUGAUUUAACAGAGACGGGAUUACAAACAAUGGUAAUCAAUUUCCAAACAACUUUACCAGGAGUUGAAAAUCAAUAUGUUGGCUACGUUUCACAUUAUCAACUGUUCAACAUUGAUUCAGAUUCUGAAAAGAUCAUUCCAUUGUUGAGAGAUGAUUUGAUUAUUAAUAUGGUUUGGGUUCAUGUUUACCAGUCAAACAUUAUCUCAUUAUUGAGAAUGAUGGAAGAUAGAGGUUUUGAUAUCAAAGUAAUUGUUCUAGAUGCCACAUGUUUCAAUUCUUGUAGUCAGAACGAACGCGAAGAGUUAUUAACUUUGAAAACUCGAGUUGAAGUAGGAAAGUCACAUGCAGUCCACUAUCCUCCUACUGAAAGGUGGGACCUUAAAAGUGUGAUUCAGUAA